UUGUACUUUGCACUUGUAUGGCUUACCAGCUAGCUUGUAAUCAAUACAGCUCAUAGCAAUGUUUAUUUAGCCUGUGGGCUCUCCUACGUAGUACAACCUUGUCUAAGAUACAAAAGGAAAAGGAAAGACGUUCUUGAGCACAAGAUUUAAAGCCAAUCCUGUCGGUGUGUAUCAUCAAUAACUAGCUAUUCUACCACUGUACUACAGUCUGUAGACACGCCUUCUUUUGUUGUUGCUGUAUUGAUCUGAUGUAGCUUAGCAGGACUGCAAAGUACACAUGAUAUGCACAAAUAGUUGACAGUUCAUGCAGUGAAAAUGGAAUACUCUGAUCAGCCAAAUGAUGGUGAGAACGCCCCGAUGGUCAAGCUUGAAAAGAAGCCGUCUUGCUGCCUGCAGCAAAGCUUUGAGCAAAAUUCUCGAGCUGAAAAUGAAGCCACAAGUAAUGGCUCAAAUGAUCCUAUCUCCCCAUGUGAGGCCAUGGAUACAAACGAACAUCUCGACCAAAAUCAAUCUUCCUCGCAAACUCAAUCUGAACUAAAAAACGAAACAAAAGAUGCAGGAUUUAACAACAAGCCCAACUCUGCGACAGCUGGAGAAUUCAAACAACCUGGUGGUGCGGUCCUGAGAGGAUUUGCGGCAUCUCAAGGUGGCCUAAUCUCACCUGAAUUUCGUAGCAGGACGGAGACUCCUGUGUCCUCAUCUCAUCUUUUUAAUGUACCUACUUCAGCUUUAUUUGCUUUAGAGGGGUUGGAUUUCAAUACUCCAAUUGGAUCUGGUCAGUUCAGCCCAUUAGCCUCUGCUAGAAUGGGUCGCAAAAGACAGUUGUCUGUCUCCCCCUCCCCACUUUCAAGCAGCUCGAUCGAUCUCAACAGUCUCAUCCGAACAUCUCCAACUUCUCUUGUGAACUACAUCACCAAUUCCAGGAGCAGCUCUGCAGGAUCAAUGGGACAUUUAAGUCCAUCUUUUUUCAGCAAAUCCACUCGUUUACAGACUCCUCACGCUAGACCCCUCCAAGUGUCCCUCAGAAACAGUGGGUAUCCUCAUCCAAGUCAGCUCGAUUCUUCAGUGGAACAAAAUUGCAAGUCUGAUCAGAGCGUGGACAUGCUAACAAAUAUCAAAGAAGAGCAAAGCGAAGAGUUAAUAGCAGAUCACCAGAAUGGACUACAUGCAGAUUACAUGCCGGGAGUUAAAAUAGAGCAGGGCUCACCUCCUAACCGGCUAACAGACACUACCUCACAUCAAGGUAGUACUCUGGAAACAGUACGUGAAGAAUCUGUUGGAGGAUUAGGCGACUCUGAUGACGAAGGUCAUCCUGAGGAAAUUGCCGAGUAUCCGUUGGUUGAUCCAGAUUUAGAAAUGGACUCGAAGAAAGGAAUUUUGGACAAAAACAAGAGAGUGUACUACAAUUAUCCCAGUGUGGAGGACCCCCAUAACAACCAGUGCAAAUGGGCCGAUUGUACACACCAGUGUGAAACGUUAGAUUUGCUCGUUCAGCACGUCAACAGUGAGCAUAUUUACCGUGAUAGUCGAAAGGAGUAUGUGUGCCUCUGGAGUAGCUGUGUCCGUGAAAAGAAGCCUUUCAAAGCACAAUACAUGCUGCUGGUGCAUAUGAGAAGACACACUGGGGAGAAACCUCACAAAUGCACGUACGAUGGAUGCAAUAAGGCGUACUCUCGUCUGGAGAAUCUCAAAACUCACCUCAGAUCUCACACUGGAGAGAGGCCAUAUACGUGCAAGUUUGAAGGAUGCUCCAAAGCCUUCUCAAAUGCUUCUGACUGUGCAAAACACAUGAACAGGACACACACAGAUGAAAAACCAUACGCCUGUCCAAAUCCUGGCUGUACCAAGAGGUACACUGAUCCAAGCUCAAGAAGAAAACACGUUAAAAAUUGUCAAGUCAAUAAAAGAGCACGAACAGGAGAUCCUGAUACCAUAUCUGGUGGAGAAGAUGAUGUUGUGGAGCCAAAACCACCCCCAGUGACCAGAAAACCAUCCAAAACACGCAAGGCAGACAAAAGAAAAACGAAUGCCCCUCCGUCUGCACCAUCAGCAAGUGCAUUCCCUCCAGUCCACCCUCAGCUUUCUGGUGGAGGCAUGUCAGAUCAUGGCUACUUUUCUGGUGGGUCUCAAGGCUACAAUUCAUCACAGCUUAGUUACAACUCAAUGCCUGAGGGUGAGUCAGAAUACCCCAAGUUACGAGGAGACGAGGAAAUUUCCCACAUUCUGCAACAACAAAGACUAAGCGAUUCGAAUGAUGUUGUACACCUCCCUACUGGCGGCCAUGCUACAGAUCGUAUUAACCCAAACGUGAGAGCCAGCUGGCAAAACGGCGGAAGACUGACACUGCCGGCUGGCAUACAUCCUACCCCGCCCCCUUCCCAUUUGCAACAUAUCCCCUCGCAUUCGUACCCGUCUUCUACCCAUUCCAAGUGCUCACAAUUCCAGCUUACCCACAGCAACCAAUCGAUGAGCAACAUUCAGACGAAUCUGACGGGUAACACUCAGCAGAAUCCGUACCCUAACGGAAGGAGAAACGGAUUCACUGGAAACAGAAAAUCCCCCAGCGAUGACAGCUCUGUAAUAAGUGGUAGUCUUCGCAGUAGCAACAUGACAAACUCGUACUCCACAUUCUCUUCAAACAGCUCUCGAGUAUCUUCGCCUUGUAGCAACAGUGGGCGAAGUGACGUGUUGAGACCACAUCCACCAGUGUCUCCGAGAUUCAAUUUUGUCAAUACGCCCCUUCAUGCACAAGUAAAUGAUGCGAGAUAUCCUCCUAUGAAGCAGGGAUUUUCUCCCAGAGAAGCCUACACUCGUAGACAGAGCAGUGACACCUGGUCAGAAAGAUCCUGGAAAUCUUCUCAGAGUUCUCGUUACUCAUUUACUGGGAGUGAGCUUAGUGACGACCUUCUGGAAAAUUUACCGUCCAGUGCAAGAAAACACAGCUUCUCGAAAAUGCACCCACUUCCCCUUCCUGAUUCGAUGCACAAUGAAUUCACUGGCAUGGAAUGUGGCAAUGGGACCAUGGGAGAUGAGCAUGGAAUGAUGGAAUUCUUAUCUUCCCAACCAAUUCCGAAUGGUGACACUCAUUUAUUUCUUUCCCAGAUACAACCAGAUAACCUUGGACAAUCGAAUUCUGACCCUCUUGCAACACUACCACUUCAUCACCUUGAAAACAAUCAUGCAGCAAUGGACGUGACCAAUAGCAAUGGCUUUUCGGCUCUGCACACAGGGUUGUUUAGCCAGGAGGCACCAGAGGCACCAAAUGGAGAGUAUGACUUAAUUUACAAUGAUCUACCGUACACAGCAUCUACCAGCAAUAUGAUGAUGGGUGACAUGUCAUCAUUUGCUGUAACUUAUUCCGAGGAAACUCAUUAUUACGAGCAUAUGCUUAGCAGCCGAGUGAAAUAACAGCACAAAUGCAAUUAAUACAAUGAUAAUUGUAUGUCAUGUAUGUUUUUUUAGUUAGACAGGGCAGGCCUGUUUUUAACAUUAUGCAGAUAGAUAUCAGCACCUUAUUUCUGGCCCAACCUUAUAUCACUUAAAUUGUUUGUUUCAUGCACAAAAUGGCAA